GGUGGCUGGGGCUGGGGAGGUACAGCCAAGAACAAUCUGGAGGUUUCGCACCACACGCGUCUGUUAAUAAACCCUCUGAGCUGGCAAGGGGCCUCUGCCCCAGGUUGCUCAGCAUCCGAUCGCUCGCGACAUGGCUGUGACUCUACACACGGAUCUGGGGGAUCUGAAGCUGGAGCUGUUCUGUGAGCAGGCGCCACGUGCGUGCGAGAACUUCCUGGCGUUGUGUGCGAGCGACUACUACAAUGGCUGCAUCUUCCACCGCAACAUCAAGGGCUUCAUGGUGCAGACCGGAGACCCCACAGGUACGGGGCGGGGAGGAAACAGCAUCUGGGGGCGCAAGUUCGAUGAUGAAUUCAACGAACACCUCAAGCACAACGUGCGGGGCGUGGUGACGAUGGCCAACAGCGGCCCCAACACCAACUCCAGUCAGUUCUUCAUCACCUACGCCAAGCAGCCGCACCUCGACAUGAAGUACACCAUCUUCGGCAAGUGAGUGUCACUGCAUCGUCGCCACCGCCACGGCCACAGCAGGAGUGGCCAGCGACACUCCACCACGGCCGUUGCGGUUUUGCCAGGCUAGGUGCACUUGGAGGCAUGUC